CAGCCGCAAGCAGCAGCCUCGGGAGCCGGAGCUGGAACGGCCGGGGGCGGCGGCGGCGGCGCUGAGGGAUCUAAAAUGUCCACUGAGGCACAAAGAGUUGAUGACAGUCCAAGUACUAGUGGAGGAAGUUCUGAUGGAGACCAACGUGAAAGUGUUCAGCAAGAACCAGAAAGAGAGCAAGUUCAGCCCAAGAAAAAGGAGGGAAAAAUAUCCAGCAAAACAGCUGCUAAAUUGUCAACUAGUGCUAAAAGAAUUCAGAAGGAACUUGCAGAAAUAACGUUGGACCCUCCUCCCAACUGUAGUGCUGGACCCAAAGGAGACAACAUUUAUGAAUGGAGGUCAACUAUAUUGGGACCCCCAGGAUCUGUCUAUGAAGGAGGGGUGUUCUUUCUUGACAUUACCUUUUCACCAGACUAUCCGUUUAAACCCCCUAAGAGAUACAUAAUGAACUAUUUGCGAAUAAAAUUCUUUGAUAUCUGGGAUUUGCUUAAGAGUAAUCCAGAAAGAUUGGAAGUGGGUAGAUAUGUGGAAGAUGAGUCUAUUCUAACAGAUUGCAACCCAGCUGACCCUCUGGUGGGGAGCAUUGCCACACAGUACAUGACCAACAGAGCGGAGCACGACCGGAUGGCCAGACAGUGGACCAAGCGGUAUGCCACAUAGGGGCCUGCUGCCUGCUGCCCCUGCCGGACCUGUGCAAGCACAUUCACCAAGUGCAUCAAUAGCCCUACCCGCCCCUCCAGACCUCGGUUCUUAUUUUCUUAUUUUUAUUAAAUUUUGAACCGUUUUGUGAUGGUA